AAUGUGUUUUAAUGCAUGGUUUCCGUCGUUGCUGCGUUUAUGUUUUAGGAUCACAGCGUUCAAGAAAAUCCCCAAAAGGAAACUUUUCCUGUACUUUCUGUAAUUUAAAGUUUGUUUUUACAUUUGUGCACAUUUAUACUCCCGAGCCUAAACACACAGCAGCAAACACCGCACAAGCCUGAGCAUCUGCAUUUGCUUUUAAUAUUUAUUUUCCUUUUAUGAAAAACUUUUUUAUGGUUUUGGUGAUGCUCGAAGAACAAGCGUUACAAAGUUCAAGGUUCAGAAGUGUGAAGGGAUUUUAUUAAACUGAUGCGAUGCAUUAAAAUUAAAUAUAACUUUUAGAAAUAAAAUGCAAAAUGUUGAUCGUUUUGACCUGUACUUGAAUUUUAAAUGAAUGAAUUUUGUUAUUUGGCACUUUUUGAAUUUGAGAUUUUGCAGCUCGUUUUAAUUUUAAUUUAGUCAAAGCAGAAGAAAAUAAACAUAUUUUAUUUGUGUUGCCAUAUACGCAUUAUUUUAACAUCAUCACACGUGUGUGUGUGCGCGUGCGUGCGUGUGUGUCUCUGUGUGUGUGCACGAGCGUGCGUGCGCGAGUGUGUGUGUGUGUGCUCGCGCACGUGCGUGCAUGUGUGUGUGCGUGUGUGUGUGUGUGUGCUUGCGCAAGCGCGUGCGUGCGUGUGUGUGUGUGUGUGUGUGUGCGUGCAUGUGUGUGUGUGUGCUUGCACAAGCGCGUGCGUGCGUGUGUGUGUGUGUGUGUGUGUGUGUGAAUGGAUAAACCUGCUGAACUUUCUAGUUUUACUGUAGGUGGACAGAAACUGCUGUGAAACUGAAUCUGUCUACUCUGCUGGAAACAAAACAUUUUCAUGUAUUUGAUUUUGGUAUUUGAUGUUUCAUUCUGAAGGCCAGCUUCGAACUCCUAUCACUGCUGCUAAAUUCAAGAUUUGGGUUUAGAUUUUUAUAUGAACCUGCGUUUGUGCUCGCGUGCAGCAUGAGCUGCAGAAGCUAAGGACACAUGGCUGCUUUGCUGUGCUCCACCCCUCAGGCCUUUCUGGAAGUGGAUGGCCAGAUUCCAGCCCAGGGUUCGUGUCGAGAGGCAGAUGGCAGGAUGGUAAAGGCGUUCCUGCCUUUCCUUUCUUGUCAGAGUGCACCUGAGCGGUCGCACAGCCGACGACUGGCAACAUUCUUUACACGAAACCUAACUUCGGCUAGCCGAAGCUAGGCGGUGAAGCUAAACACACACAUGUUAACGAUAAAUUGCAUAUUUGCACAUGGAUUUUUCUUUGUUUUAUUUUCAAACGGCAAAUUUUAUCAGCAGUAAACAUAGUUUUCAUAUUUUCUGAUGUUGGUGUGAUCUUUUUUUCAGAGGGGCGUUUAUUUGGUUUCAUUCUGGCUAAAUGGAUCAAAACUGAUAUGAUUAUUUAACAAACUAAAGUCGUUUUUGUUUUCAAAUGAUUCAAAUGAUGUGAUAAAUUCACAGGAUAAGACAGGCUGGCAGAGGGGUCGAAAUUUAAAAGAAACACAAAAAUGACACUUGAACUUGAAUGUGCCCUUGAACUUGUGAAAAACGGUUAUAUUUAAAAAUUCAUUUUGGGAUUUCCUUAGGUGUAUUGUUUAAUAUUAGAGCUACAUGUGCAUAUUUUUUAUUUGUAUUUCAUUUCCUAAAUGAAAUGGAAAAUAAUUUUUUGGACUGGUGCAAUGAAACAGGUUCUAUCAAAUUAAACUCGACUAUGUGCAGAAAUUUAUUUUUCCCCCAAAAUUCCACCUUUUUCUAAAACAUUCUCUUAAUUUUUUUAAGUUUUCAAUAAGAAUACAUUUGAUUUAUUUUUUAGAAAAACUUUUAAUAUUUCAAACUAAUUAAAAUAAUCCAAAUUUUUCUGUUUAAAAAAACUUCUGCAGUGAAGUUAUUUAAUAAAAAUAUUAUUACAGCAUUUGUUUUUAAAACAUUAUAACCCUGUGUGUGUGUGUGUGUGUGUGUGUGUGUGUGUGUGUGUGUUUAGUACUAUAUGGCUGAUUUAAAUGAAAAUAAUAAACAUUUCAAUCUCACUUUUUAUUACAUGUCUACUUCGUCCUUCGUUGAUCCAAAAAUUGAAUGCUUCAUAUUUAAAUUUAUCCUCAUCACACAUUCGUCUAUAAAUAAGAAGCUAAUGCUGAUACAUUUUAAAAGCAAUUAUCCUGAGGAAUUACUACAUAUCUAAUCUUAAUUGUUAUUUUAAGUCUAACUUGUUGUCAUAUUAAUAUGUUGAAAUAAAAUAAAAGGGAUUUUAGAAAUUUAAUUUUGAUUUUAAGAUGAUUCAAGAGGUUUCUGGUGCCCAUUGCAGAGGUCAGUCAUGUUGUUGGUUGCUAUUGCAUAGUGAUUUGGUCCAGUGAGACAGCAGUGAAGUCACAGGUCUUUUGUUCACAAGUGAAACUGGAAAAAUAAGAACAAGGUACAAAAGUCAAUUUAUGUCAGUAAUCCAUCUUAGACUGUGAGACCAUCUAAAGGCUCAGGAACCCUUUGCAGUUGUUCUGGAUUCACUAGCUAAUUAGAGUGUGACACUUUAAGUCUAGAAUAUUAAACCUUUUCACAAUAUUCUAGUUUGAAAGCGGGGUUUCGUAAGCUGGAAGCAUAACCAUCACAGUCAACACAAAUGAAGGCUGAAAUAUAUGUCUUUGCAUGGAAUGAUUCUAUCUAUUGCACCAGAGUCUAUUAUAUUUUUUCGUUUCACCUUUAGUGUACAAAUGUGUUUUAAAAUUGCUGCGAUUACAUUACAUUUGCAAAGAUUGUUGAUUUUAAUUUGUUUAUAUUUAAAUCCAGGUUAGACAAGUGAUGAUGCUUGAGAUAGCUCUUAUUGUACACAGUUUUAUUAAUAAAGCUAGUUUUAUUUUCUUCCUCAUAACAUAAAGAACCCUUCUGUCAUUAAGUAGUUGAUGAGCUCUCCAAAAGUAAGACUUUUUACUAAUAAUCCAGCCUGUACAAAAAACACAUUCAUUUCUGUAAGUGUUAUGUAGUUAUUAUCUACUGUUUGGUAUUUAUCUUUUAUAAUUAAUAUAAUUAGGUAGACAUUUGUUACAUAAUGCUAGAAGCUUCUUUUGAGUCCAAGCAAAGCACAGAAAUAGAAAGUUGUUAUUGCUUUAUGUAUUUUUGUCGUACGCCGUGUCCCGGCUGACUUUUUGUCCUGUUAGAAACUCACACACCGUCUGAAGCAGCACAGGCAGCAGGGAGAAGCAAAUGGCCCUAGAUGGGAAGAGGUCUAGAUGAUCGUUAGACUCUUCUUCUAAUCAGAGGUGACUAUUUUUUAAGCUGGUUGUCAAAUUUGUUGUAAAACUAAAGUUUGAAGUCUUUUGCUCCAGUCCAGUCAGACCAGUGGGACACAAACCAGACUCCCUCUGCCCCGGCCCCUCCCCUCUCCUGGGCUGUGAACAUGGAGGAGCACAUGAGUGGAUCCACAGUGACCACUAAAGGCUGUGGCAGACUCGCCAGUAAGCUGGGUCUGAACAGAGACAGGGAGAGCUGGACAAAGAGGCCACAAGAUCUCAACACACACACACACACACACACACACACGCACACACACACACACACACACACACGCACAGUACACACAAUAAACACACACACAGUACACACAAUAAAAACACACACACACACAAAAUACACACAAUACACACACACACACACACACAUGCACCCACGUACACUACAAGCACACACACACACACAUGCAUGCAUGCAUGCAUGCACACACGCACACUUAAAAACACACAUACAUACACAAGCACAUGUAUGCAUAAAUGGACACACACACAAACACAUGCACACACACAAACACAUGCACACACACAAACACAUGCACACACGCACACUUACAAACACACAUACACACACAAGCACAUUUACACAUGCAUGCAUAGACACACAUACAUGCACACACACACACACACACACACACACACACACACACACACACACACACACACACACACACACACACACACACACACACACAUGCACCCACGUACACUACAAGCACACACACACACACAUGCACGCAUGCAUGCAUGCACACACGCACACUUAAAAACACACAUAUAUACACAAGCACAUGUAUGCAUAAAUGGACACACACACAAACACAUGCACACACACAAACACAUGCACACACACAAACACAUGCACACACGCACACUUACAAACACACAUACAUACACAAGCACAUUUACACAUGCAUGCAUAGACACACACACACACACACACACACACACACACACACACACACACACACACACACACAAACACACACAUGCACCCACGUACACUACAAGCACACACACACACACACACACAUGCACGCAUGCAUGCAUGCACACACGCACACUUACAAACACACAUACAUACACAAGCACAUGUAUGCAUGCAUGGACACACACACACACAUACACACACACACACACACACACACACAUGCACACACACAAACACACACAUGCACCCACGUACACUACAAGCACACACACACACACACACACACAUGCACGCAUGCAUGCAUGCACACACGCACACUUACAAACACACAUACAUACACAAGCACAUGUAUGCAUGCAUGGACACACACACACACAUACACACACACACACACACACACACACACAUGCACACACACAAACACAUGCACACACGCACACUUACAAGUACACACACACAAACACAUUUACACGCGCAUGCAUAGACACACACACACACACACAUACACACACACACACACACACACACACACACACACAUGCAUUCUCACAUUUGUUUGCAGAAGAACCAGAACUGCAGCACAAAGUUAACUGUUCAUGGCUCAGUAAACGCUGUUAGACGUACACACGUUUCUCACAGGUGUGUCCUUAAGCCUGCUCCCUCUCAGCGUACAUGGAAGCCAUUAGUCCAUUACCCUGGUGACUGCCCAGAAUCGGCUGUUUUAUUCUCCUAGUGUUAAUCAGGAUGUCAGCUGGGAGUGUCACAUGUAAUUUAUCCCCCAAACCACAGGAACUCCACGGAGACGGUCAUAAUGACAUAAUAUUGGACAAGGGGAGAGUUUCAGGGUGACAGAUGAGGUAGAUUUUCCCUCGCCGUACCUAUCCCUCUUUUCCCCCCAUAUGCUCUGAAACAAGACCUGUGCAGCUUUCUGCUUUACAUCACGGCCCCUUUGACUGAGAUUAGGGGUCCUGGGAUGAUUGGGUUACACAUUUCUGGCUCUUACUCCUGAAAACUGAGCGUUUAAACAGGUUUUUCAUGGAAGUUUGUCAGAGCUUUGACUGACGGCUAAUCAAAUGAAUUCAUGUAAACGGGAAGUGUGUGUUUUCUUUGCCCUUUUUGACCACAUUCAGAAUGAGUUUUGGACACACGUCAGCCUAUAGGUCGGCAGCGUUACGUGUUGGUCUCUCACCAUAUCCAGGACAGAUACUUGUUUUAUGUACCUGCCAGAGAGAAGCGAUAUUCCAGAUAAAACUGAGCUGCGUCCGCUCAACUUUUCUUUUCCAGCACUCGUAUAUUUCUUCAGCUUUUGGCCUCCGUUGUCGCCAAGGCAAUUUAGUCGGAGGAGAAAAACAGCUAAAUCAGCAGCAUAUUUCCACUUGAAGGUAAAAUUGGAAGUGUUGAAAAGGCUCGCCUGCAACUCGUCAACUAUCAAAAUACAGUAAAUCCCUUCCCUCAGUUCUCCUCCUCUUCAUCGCUUUCUUAGCAGUGGGAUAAAGUAUUUUUGCCCAGUGAAGCAUCCUAGUUUCCUUUGUCUCAUUCCCUUUGUGUUUGUUGUGUUUGCUGCUACAGUAAAGAAGCUGUCGAUUAUCGAUGCCUUCCAUGUGAUAUAAGCCGAUAUACUGAGGCCUAUCCCCUGUGCACACACUCUCCCAGGCUUCAUGAGUCAUGCAUACACACAAACAACACACCACACUCAGGCGGGUGCACGGCUCGGACAUGCGUCUCCCUCCAUGGGCUGGAGGGGUUUGGUUACUCAUGAGCACAUAAACAUGUGCUGGCAGCAGUCCAAGGCACUGCCUGUUACUACAAUGUUUGAAACAAAAUGUGAGAGACCAUUCCCCGGCAUCGCCGCGUCCCGUACAGCGAUCAGUGUCCUUGUGGAGAAUUAUCGCCCUUCAGCAGCCGCCAUCACAGCGAGCUGAUGCCUUUAAUUGGGAGUGUCCCUCCUUGGUCUGCUGGAGGACACCGUUCACGUCUCUCUUGGUUCUCCAUCGCACUCCACUUUUCCUGCAAAUUGAACUGGAUCACUAACCACCUCUGUUGUUUUUUUGUGCAGUUCCACCUCCACAUGACUGUACUGUGUGCAUGUGCGCGAGAUGACGUACGUUCUACACACAUCCUCAUGUGAAACAGAACUAGUGGUGCCGCAUGUGCAGAAAGUCACUCAUCCUGCUCACAAGUACAUGCAGAUGCUCUGGUUCACCCACGCACAUGACACUGUAGGCUUUAAGUGAUCCGGCGUGCCAGAGUGUGUGCACGCUCGCAGCGAGUGGGUGAAUCUGGGCAAGGCCACGGCAGAGCCAGUGUGAUGGUGCUGGGCGAGCGCGCGGCAGCGAGAGUUGGCCCGCACCACAGGCUGGCAGAGAGGGUGCUGAGUGUUGCGUGUUCUGCUAAUGAGUUUGCUUGGCCAGGCGAAGCUGCAGGGCGAGCUUAUUAGCAAACAGGCUAGGAAGAGAGGACCCCACAGCCCCUCUGCUCCUGCCACAGGCUCUCCAGCUCCAUAUUUCUGCUUAUCUUUAUUGUUUUUGCUUCUGUAAAUCGUCUCUUGAUUGUUUUGCUAUCUGUGUUUUCCUG